GUUUGGAAUGUAAUAGUAUCCAUGUUUCUAUCGCCAUAUGCAGACACCAAUGAAUAGUCAUUUAAAUAGGUUCCACAAACAGAAUCACAUGGACGUAAACGGGAUGCAAUCUACCGUCAUCUGAGUAGGAGAAUCAGCAACGUUACAAAGAUGUCGUCAUCGGAAGAAUCGGAACCGUCUGUUUGGGCGGAUGAUUCUGAUGAUGACGAGAAAGGGGAGAAUGGCCAGGACUCGAACCUGGAGCUUGAUGCUAUCGUGAGACAGUUUGAUUUUCGGAAAGCAAAGAGCAAAGAUGAGUACGCUCUCCAGGAGUGUUUAGCUCGUAGUAGUAGGCGGUUGGUUUCUAAAGGAAAUGCAGACAAUGUCAAACGAGAUGUAGCCGCCCUACAGGACAUGAUCUGUCAUAAAGGGUUUCCUAUACGGAACACGCCCGCGUGUUCUAUGGCUUCUGCUGUGGUUAAACAACUAUCAGAAAUAACGGAGAAAAAAAUGAAUGUGGAAGAAAACCAGAAGAUAAUGUUUGAAUUUCUCCUGUCCUGUAUUGCUACUGGACCGUCAAGUUCCCAUGCUUCAGAAAUCAUACCUAGUAUUGUAGGAAUGAAAGGCAUGGUGAAAUAUUUAACAAAAUUACAAGGACCGGAGCUGACUAGAUUGUUUGACACAAUCAAAAGUGUAGAAUUCACACCGGAACAGCCGACUCAAGAUCUUGAUGACCAGGCGACACACUGGGGCGAUUGUAUGCUCCACUCGCUGGUGUCGAAUGUCAAGUCAAUUAGAAGUAAGGAAAUCGUCGAAAGACAAUUCCAAGGUUUGCAGAAAGUGGUUCUAAGUGAGAAAUUUGGUAGAAAUAAGGAGCAAAUAGAAAGAACCAUUGAAGAGAUAGAAUCAACACUGCAUGCUAUCAGAGAAACACCAGACAUACUGGAGUAUUGGAAUGGCGUGCUGCUGUUCAUGAAGGAAUUAGCACUUUCAGAAAAAUGUGCAAAGUUUCCAGUUGUCAUUAAACCAUUCAAAUACUUUUUUGGUAACUUGGCCGAAAAAAGAUUAAAGAAAACUCCCGAGCUCAUCACCCAAUGGAUGCCAGUAUUCAGCGAAAUGCUGCAAAAGACACCAUCGUCCAAGUGCCUGGACAGUUGGGCUUUCCAAACUGCCAUUACAAUGGCGGAAUUUUGGCCUCCACAGAAAGAAUUAGCUAUACCCUGGCUCACAAUCGUGAAAGGACUGUUGCAGUAUCCGGACCCAGACGCCGGGAGAGCGGCUAAUUACAUUCUUAGCAAGGAUAAAUUCAUAGCGAUUUGGGAUUGGAAACAAAAUGAGAAACAUGCAAGAGAAGUAGUGGAAAUCAUUGGGAAAAUUGACUUCCCUACCGAGAAUUCUGUAAAAAAAGAAAAGAACAAGAAAAAGAAAAAGAAGGACUCCGACAGUGACGACUCGGACGACUCCUCGGAUGACGAAGAGGAGGUCAAAUUAGACGACGAAAGUUGGGAAAGGUUCGGAGAUUGUAUCAGCACUCUUCAGAAACAAUUCAAAAUUCACAAAAUUGAGGACAAACUCGGGCCAAGUGUAGCUGAAUUAACCAUCAGGAUAUUGGAGAGGCGGUCAACAUUCCUCAACAGAUUUGCUGACUUGAUGAGAGACGAGCUUUGUCUGAAGAAAUAUCCAUCCGUCGUUCCCAGGCUCCUGGAGAGAUUAGUGGUUUUGGUUAUGGAAAAGGGUUAUCCGUGGGAAGCAAGGAAGUCCGUCAUCGUUGCUCGCGCCUUGAUGCAUCAGAGCAUCGAUGCCUACAGUGAGGGAAAGGAUAUGCCAGCGGCAGUAAAUAAAGCAUUCAUAACGGUCAUCAAGUUCACCAUGGAAACUAAGGAUCUACCUUUUCUGGAGGGAGUGCGGUUAGACAAAAGCAUAUUUUGUGAAAUUGCAACUCAAAUAAUGAGUAACUUUAUAUCUAAGCAUGCACAGUCGAACAGUUAUCAGGUUUGUGCUGUUUUGAUUCCUGGUGUGAUCAAACAGAGGAGCCACGAAGUAAAAGAACUCCAGGAAAUGGCCAUGAGUAUCAUGAAAGACCUCAGCGCUCACAAACCGGUCAUGCUAUGUCCCCACCUCAACGUCUUCAUCAAAUGGUACAAAGAAUCGAUAGACGAGGAACUGUUAGAUCUGACUGAGAAAAUAUAUAAGGUCAGUAGAGGGGUCCAAAAAGAGGAGUUCAGAGACCUGCUGCAGACAUUGUUAGAUGAUGACAAAACCGAAAAGGAGCAUCAAUCUAGUCUCAUUCUGAAGAUGGCGGUAAAACAACCACAGUAUUUCGUCCAAAAGGACAUUGAUGUGAUGGUGGUGAAAUACGUGAAUGACGAGGAAUCCCAAUACAACAUGUUGGCUGCCUUUUCGAGAGUCAUGGUGAAACAACCAGAUCUAUUUGGGGAAAACAUGAUUAAAAAGGUUCUGCAGAAUCCCAAGGUGAAGAUAGAAUAUUCCGUUGAUUUCAUAGGGCUGACUUUGGCUGACCAGAAGAAGGAGAUGGUGAAGACUAUCAUGGAAGAAUUCAUGAGCAUGGCCAAAAGGUGUCGUGAUACAUGUAGCACGGACCAGGUAACAGUGAUAAACGGGGCUAGGUCCCUGGCAGUUAUGCACGGAAUGGACUACCUCAAACCUUACAGACCCUACUUUGAAGAUCUGCACAAGACAGGAUCCGACGUUACGUUGAGAGACAUGGCCAAGCUCAUGCUCAAUGCCAUAGACGGAGUGAACGUGGAAAGCAUUUACGAAGAAUUCAAACAGAAAUUAGAGAUACUCGACGAUCUAGUCGAACAGGUUGAGGAAACCAAAGCAGAGGUAGCGGAGGUCAAAACGACUGUAAUAAAACAGGACAAGGAAAUCAAAACUGUGAAAAAGGAUGUUAAGACGGUCGAGGAAGACGUUAAAGUGGUGAAACAAGACCUGGAGGAGACGAAGAUCAAGGUGGAAGAAGUCGACAACAAGACAAUGACAAAUGCCCCUAAAUGGUCAAGAGAUCUGACCAAGCUGAUGAACCCUAAAACGGAACAUGACUGGAGACUUUUGGCCAAGAGGUUGGGCUAUUCACCACAGGACAUUAAGGGCUGGGCGACCCAGCAUGACCCCUGUAUGGGCCUCCUCAGUGAGUGGUAUGCUACCCACAAAACGAUAGAGGCCACCCAUGCCAUAUUGAACAGUCUGCAGGAGAUGAACAGGCUGGAUGGUGCCGCCAUUGUUGAGAACGCCAUGAAGGCAGUAGAGGGUGUUGUGGAGGAGGAGGUAGACUACGCCACACCUCCACCGAUCUUCCUUAGUUACCAGUGGGGUCAUCAGGAAGAGGUCAAGUUACUACGGAACCAUAUGUUAAUGGCCGGCUACGAGUGUUGGAUGGACAUCGGACAAAUGGGAGGUGGAGACAAACUGUUUGAAAAGAUUGACAACGGAAUCCGUGGUGCAAAGGUCAUCAUAUGUUGUGUAUCAGAGAAGUACGCCAACUCUCCCAACUGUAACAGAGAGGUGAACCUGUCUGUAAACCUUGGAAAGCCCAUGAUUCCCCUUCUGAUGGAGAAGAUGGGCUGGCCCCCUAGAGGCUCCAUGGGACCCAUCUUCAGUGAGUACCUGUUUGUGAGAUUUUUCCAGCGAGGAGGGGAGGAGACUGAAGACCAACGCUACUGGCCAGUCCCAAAAUUCCAGGAACUGUUGAUGCAGCUCAACAUGUAUAAAGCCAUGCCUGACGAAUCCCUCAUGUCUGGAGAGUACAAGGACUGGUGGGUCCCCGUGGCUGAAGAAAUUGUCAUCACCAAAAGGAAAGAUGGAGGUCAAAGUUCUCAAGUACAGACAACUGCAACCAAGGAGGAGGAGGAGUCUCCUGACGUGUUCCUGUCGUACCAGUGGGGUAAACAGAAUCAGAUCAAGCAGCUGUACAGGAGGCUGAAUGAGCUCGGAUACAGCUGCUGGAUGGAUAUCUACCAGAUGGGAGGCGGGGACUCGCUGUACGACAAAAUUGACAGGGGUGUCCGUGGCUGUAAGGUUGUCCUGAGCUGUGUGACAACCAAGUAUGCACUGUCUGCCAACUGUCGCAGGGAGGUGAGUCUGGCCGAUUCUCUCAAGAAGCCAAUGGUUCCUCUCCUCCUGGAGAAGAUAGACUGGCCCCCCACUGGACCUAUGAGUAUGGUCUUCACACAGCUUCUCUUUAUCAAUUUCUACCGUGACGAGACAGUCCAAAUUACAUGGGUUGGAGAUAAAUUUGAGGAGUUGCACAUGAAAAUAAAAGAGAAUGUCGCCCCAUUUGCAAUUGAAAAUUCAAAGAUUGACAACAAGGAUACGCCAAGUGAAACCCUAAAAGAUAAAACUCCUAAAAAGGGGCCACCUUCGAAACAGGAGCCCCCGAAAGUCGAGCAAAAGAAGGAACCACCUAAAAUGGAACAAAAAAAGGCUCCUCAAACAAAACAACAAGGAAAGGGGUCAAUGAAAACAGGACCAGCUCAUAAAACAGAAUCUAGAAAUGAUUGGCCAAAACAAGCAUCUCCUAAACAGGAACCGAUACAAGUCUCACCAAAUGAAGACCCGAAACCAGCAGAGCAACCAACACAAACAUCAUCAUCCUGUGUGCUAAUCUAACACCUGUAAUAGCACAACAAACAAUAGUAAUCCUGUGUGCUUAUCUAUCUAACUCCUGUAAUAGCACAAUAAACAAUAGGAAUCCUGUGUGCUUAUCUAACAUCUGUAAUAGCACAAUAAUCAAUAGUAAAUAUCUGUGCCUAUCUAACACAUUGAAUAACAAAAUAAACAAUUAUCAGCCUGUG